GAGGACUCAAUUAUCUUCACACUAAUUUAUUCACAGGUUUGAGACUGAGAGAGUGAUGCGCCUAACAGUGGAGGCUGAUAUCCAGGGCUUACAUAAGGUCUUUGAUGAUCUGACCCUACAUAAAACAGACUUGGAGAUUCAAAUUGAAGAGCUAAAUAAAGACCUGGUUGUCCUCAAAAAAGAGCAUCAGGAGGAAGUUGAUGCCCUACGCCGGCAGCUGGGCAACACCGUCAAUGUGGAGGUAGAUGCUGUUCCAAGUGUGAACCUCGGUGACAUCAUGAAUGAGAUGAGGCAGAAAUAUGAAGCCUUGGCCCAGAAGAACCUUCAAGAAGCUAAAGAACAGUUUGAAAGACAGACUGAAGCUCUGCAGCAACAAGUCACAGUGAACACUGAAGAGUUAAAAGGAACUGAGGUUCAAGUCACAGAACUGAGGCGCACUUACCAGAACCUAGAGAUAGAGCUCCAGUCUCAUCUCAGUAUGAAAGAGUCUCUGGAGCGCACCCUCGAGGAAACCAAAGCUCGUUAUGCCAGCCAGUUGGCCACCAUCCAGGGAAUGCUGAACUCUCUAGAGGCCCAACUGAUGCAGAUCCGAAGUGACACAGAACACCAGAUCAAUAAGCACAAUGCUCUUCUUGACAUAAAGACCCGGCUUGAACAGGAGAUCGCUACUUACCGCCGCCUUCUGGAGGGAGAAGAUGUGAAAACUACAGAAUAUCAGUUAAGCAAUUUGGAAGACAGAGAUAUAAAGAAAACCAGGAAGAUUAAGACAGUUGUUCAAGAAGUAGUGGAUGGCAAGGUUGUGUCAUCUGAAGUCAAAGAGGUGGAAGAAAAUAUGUAA